GCCUCGUUCGGACCCACAAUUCCUGCCUCUUCCGCCGGUUACGGCGAGCGUUCUUCUGUCCGCUGGAGUCUGAGCUGGCGCCGGGCUCCGGUUGCUGGGUGACAUGUUGCAAAAGCCAAGGAGUCGGGGUCGCUUUAGUUCCCCGGCGGAGAAAGACAGGGAUUCGGGCCGCGGCGGAGACGUCCGGGCCCACCGAGGCGGCGUCUCGGAGGAGACCCCGAGCACUUCCCGCGGCCCGGCGGGCUCUCAAGAGACCCAAGGCUCUUCCUCGCAGGGCGCUCGCCGGUCCCAGGCCGCCCCCACUGUGGGGCCUCGGACCCAGAAGCAACUGGAGCUGAAGGUGGCGGAGCUGGUGCAGUUCUUGCUGAUUAAGGACCAGAAGAAGAUUCCUAUCAAGCGGACCGACAUACUGAAGCAUGUCAUCGGGGACUACAAGGACAUCUUCCCGGACCUCCUCAAACUGGCUGCGGAGCGCCUCCAGUACGUCUUCGGGUACAAGCUAGUGGAACUUGAGCCCAAGAGUAACACCUACAUCCUGAUCAACACCCUGGAGCCAGUGGAGGAGGAUGCCGAGGUGAGAGGCGACCAGGGCACUCCCACUACGGGCCUACUGAUGAUUGUUCUAGGGCUCAUCUUUAUGAAGGGCAACACAAUCAAGGAGACCGAGGUCUGGGACUUUCUGCGUCGGUUGGGGGUGUACCCCACUAAGAAGCAUUUAAUCUUUGGGGAUCCAAAGAAACUCAUUACCGAGGACUUUGUGCGACAACGUUACUUGGAGUACCGACGCAUACCCCACACGGAUCCGGUAGACUACGAAUUCCAGUGGGGCCCGCGAACCAACCUGGAAACCAGCAAGAUGAAAGUUCUUAAGUUUGUGGCCAAAGUUCAUAAUCAAGACCCCAAGGACUGGCCAGCGCAGUACUGUGAGGCUUUGGCAGAUGAGGAGAAUAGAGCUAGACCUGAGCCUAGUGGUCCAACCCCAUCCUCUUGAAAUCAGGGAUGGAUUCAGAGAGACUCCCAGGACAAGGGUCUGUGACCCUAAGGCACAAUACUUAAAGAAUAAGGGAAGGGGGUUUGGAAGGAGGAUGUUUCUGCAACGCUUGAAUGUAUGUAGCUUUAGGAUGUGUUGCAAAGGUUUGUUCCUUUAGUGUUAGUACAGUUCCCAAUUUUCAUUUAAAACACAGAAUCAUUUUUGUUUGUUUUAAUGUCAUUUUUUUGGUGUGAAAAGUUUGCUAACUUUGUAAAACUUUUGGGAAACUGUACUGUGUUCUAAAACAGAUAUUUAAGAAGAAAGAACACAAGUAAAUUGUUUUGAUUCCUCCCCCCAAGGAGUUAUUAUCUGGUUUCUGAACUACCCUAGUUUGUAAGGAAAAAUAAAAGCCUUUAUAAAAUUACAAAGAUGUAAUUGCCUAUAUCCUUAUUACUUUAACCCAAGUGUUUUUAUAUUUAUGUUUUUCAUAUAUAUAUAUAUAUGCAUUAUGCAUGGUUCCAAGCAAUGUACAUAAUGUAUUUUCUGUGAAUAACAAUUUUUUUAUAUUCUUAAUUAUUACUUAACUCUGUUGCUGACCUUGAUUUCAUUGUUUUCUUCUUUUUUUUUUUUGCUACCAUCAUUGUUUUAAUAAAUAUUGUGAUUUUGAGCAGUUAACCAUUAUGUAUUUUUAAAAGCCCAUGUCUUGAGGAGAUUUUAUGACUCAAAACCAGCAUCUUUAAAAGAGUUUGCUACAUAUUAUUGAAGUAAAUAGUGUUCUGUA